AUGGAGCUCUCAAUCCCUCGCUCUUCAUGUGCAGUGCCAUCUACCAUCCCUCAACGUCUCAAGUCCUCCUCUUGUAAUGACAAUAGGUUGAAACUGAUUAAGCCCACCACAGCUAAAAAUAAUGUCAAAUCGUCCAACGUCUUUCCUUCAAAACGCCCCACCAAUAAAUCGAAUCUAAUACCAGCAAGGCUUGGCAAAAGCAGGUUCUCCAAGUCUUUAUUGUACUGCCAAUUGCAUGAGCGCAACUCCAUCGAGGUACGUGCUGAAGUUGAAUCUGGUGGUGAUUCCGAUUCAGUGUUUGCCAAAAUCUCACGUUUUGGAUCUACUUAUUAUAAAUUCAUGAGGCCCUACGGAAUGCUAUACGCAAUUAUAUCGGCCACUUGUUUGUUUGCAAGAGUAUUCAUCGAGGAUCCACGGCUAUUUACAUGGUCUGUGUUGUUUAAGGCAUUCUGUGGUCUAAUUGCGUGCAUUUUUGCGGGUGCUUAUGUUAAUGGCAUCAAUCAGAUCUAUGAUAUCGAUAUUGACAGGGUGAACAAGGCUUAUUUAUCUAUACCAGCAGGAGAUCUUUCUCUUACACAAGCAUGGUUCUUAGUAAUGUUUGAUCUAGCGGCUAGCGUAUUGAUUUUGCGGUUCAUGAAGCCCGAUCUAAUCACUACUAGUCUCGCAUUUCUUUUUUUGUUCUUGGGCACCUUCUAUUCUGCUCCUCCUUUUAGAUUCAAGAGAUCUUCUAUUGCGACAAUUAUUGUGCUUCCUUUGGCCUCAUGUGUCAUUCACAAUGUCGGUAUUCUUUACACUACUAGAGCUUCCCUUGGACUUCCAUUUUUAUGGAGCCCCCCAGUUGUUUUUAUCACUACUUUUGGGACAUUGUUUUCAAUGGUCCUAAGCAUCACAAAGGAUAUCGUAGAUGUUAAAGGUGACAUGAAGUUUAACAUACGAACAUUUGCAGCAAUAUUCGGAUCUAGAAACAUUGCAUUUGUUGGCACUGUACUGUUAUUGGUAAAUUACACUGGUGCUAUAGUGGCAGGAAUUUACAUGCCUCGGUUUAAUUGUUACUACGAGGUAAAUUAUUGA